AUGGAGGAUCGCAAGGAGAGGAAUGCACCAUGGCUAUCAGUGCCACAGUUUGGGGACUGGGAUCAGAAGGGUCCAUUGCCAGACUACUCCAUGGAUUUCUCGAAGAUCAGGGAAAUGAGGAAACAGAACAAAACCAGGGCCAGCCUGGGAAAUGAGGAAGAACUCAUCAACCCGACAGCAAACCUGCCAAAAGUUAGCCACAACAACGACAAUCAACCACAGCAAUACCAUCACACCAACCACCAACAACACUCCCCCACUGCAAGGAGGAGCUUCUUCAGUUACUUCAACUGCUGUGUGAAAGCUUGA